AUGCCUGCUAUCGAUUCCAUCAACGAGUCCGCCAAGUCGGUCACCGUCCUCGAGGAACUCCUCAAGUCCCUCUCCGUCUCCAAGAAUGAGGCUGAGACCAGAGCUGCUGCGAAUAACAUCGCCUCUCUGCUGAACGGCCCUACAGAUGAACAAGUUCUCCCCGUCAAAGCCGUCGAGUCGCUCAAAAAGCAGUUGGCCAACAAGAAAGAUGCCGCUGCCCGUGAAAAAGCCCUCGAUGCCAUUGCGGCCAUCGCCAACCACUCCACAGUGUCGCCCGCUGUAGAGCCAUACCUUCUCUCCCUCCUCGGCCCUUCGUUGGUGGCUGUCAGCGACAAGAUGACUUCGGUCAAGAACCUUGCUCAAGCUGCCGCUCUCGCCAUCGUAAAGUCGAUCAACCCUAACGCUGUCAAGGCUGCCCUUCCCGCCAUCAUCAGCUCUCUUCAAAAUGCUCAGAAGUGGGCCGAGAAGAUCACUGCCCUCCAGUGCAUUGAAUCUCUCGUCGAGUCUGCUCCAGUUCAGCUCGCCUACCGUGUGCCAGACUUAAUCCCAGUCGUCUCCGAAUCGAUGUGGGACACCAAGCCUGAAGUCAAGAAGGCUGCCUACGCCACCAUGGAGAAGGUCUGCGGCCUCAUCGUCAACAAGGAUAUCGAACGCUUCAUCCCCGAACUCAUCAAAUGUAUCUCUAAGCCAGAGAACGUCCCCGAGACCGUUCACCUGUUGGGUGCCACCACCUUCGUCACUGAUGUCCAUGAGCCCACUCUUGCCAUCAUGGUUCCUCUCCUUGACCGUGGUCUGACUGAGCGUGAAACCGCGAUCAAGCGUAAAUCCGCCGUCAUCAUCGACAACAUGUGCAAGCUUGUUGAGGAUCCUCAGAUUGUCGCUGCUUUCUUGCCCAAGCUCAUGCCCGCUUUGAACAAAAACUUUGAUACCCUUGCCGACCCUGAGGCUCGUGAGAAGACUAAGCAGGCUCUUGACACUUUGAUUCGCGUUGGUGAUGUCAAGGAUGGAAAGAUCCCCGAAGUCUCUACUGCUGGUGACAUCUCCACCGUCUCCGGAAUCUUGAAGGAGAUUCUCGAGCCCAAGCACAAGGCCUCCAUUCCCAAGUUCGAGGCUACCAUCGAAUACAUUGCCGCGAUUGCCGGUCAGCUCAUCGACGAAAAGGUCACUGACGUCGCCAGUUGGACCGAAAACACUCUUGCCUACCUUGGUGCCAUCGUCGGCGAGACUGAUGCCAAGCCACUCGCUGAAACUCUCCGCAAGCGUGCCUCUCCUGGUGCUGGUGAGGAAGCCGAAGUGGAAGAAGAUGAAGAGGAAGGUGAAGACCUUUGCAACUGCACAUUCAACUUGGCCUAUGGUGCCAAGAUCCUCCUCAACCAGACUCAUCUCCGCCUCAAGCGCGGCCAACGCUAUGGUCUCCUCGGUCCUAACGGUUCCGGAAAAUCCACCCUCAUGCGCGCCAUCAACAACGAGCAAGUCGAGGGCUUCCCCAAGAAGGAUGAAGUCAAGACUGUCUUCGUCGAACACGACCUUGAUGCUGCCGACACUGAGCAGACUGUCAUUGGCUGGACUCAAAAGAAGCUCAGCGACGUUGGUAUCUCCACCCCUCGUGAGGAGAUCGAAGCCAAGUUGCUCGAGUUCGGUUUCCUGCAAGAACAAUUCGAAAAUGCCAUCACUUCCCUUUCUGGUGGUUGGAAGAUGAAGCUCGCUCUUGCUCGCGCUGUCUUCGAGGAGCCUGACAUCCUCUUGCUCGACGAACCGACCAACCAUCUUGACGUCAAGAAUGUUGCUUGGCUCGAGCAGUACCUCAUCAACUCCCCAUGCACGUCGAUCAUCGUUUCCCACGACAGCAGCUUUUUGAACAACGUCAUCCAGCACGUCAUUCACUACGAGCGGUUCAAGCUCCGCCGCUACCGUGGUAACCUGACCGAGUUCGUCAAGAAGCUGCCGUCGGCCCGCUCCUACUUCGACCUCGAUGCUUCCGAGAUGGAGUUCAAGUUCCCAGAGCCAGGAUUCCUCGAGGGUGUCAAGACCAAGGCCAAGGCCAUUGUUCGCGUCAGCAACAUGUCCUUCCAGUACCCUGGCACGUCCAAGCCACAAAUCUCGGACAUCACCUUCCAGUGCUCUCUCGGUUCCCGGAUUGCCGUCAUCGGUCCCAACGGUGCCGGUAAAUCUACACUGCACGAGAACAUUCGCAUCGCGUACAUCAAACAGCACGCGUUUGCGCAUAUCGAUAACCACUUGGACAAGACCCCCUCCGAGUACAUCCAGUGGCGUUUCCAGACUGGCGAGGACCGUGAAACAAUGGACCGAGCCAACAAGAUCGUCACUGAGGACGACGAGAAGGCCAUGGACAAGAUCUACAGGAUCGAGGGCUCUCAGCGUCGUGUUAUCGGUAUCCACUCGCGCCGCAAGUUCAAGAACUCGUACGAGUACGAAUGUUCUUUCACUCUCGGUGAAAACGUCGGCCAGAAGAACGAGAAGUGGACUCCCAUGAUGACCGCCGACAACGCUUGGAUUCCUCGCACUGAGAUUCUCGCCACCCACGCCAAGAUGGUGGCUGAGGUCGACCAGAAGGAAGCCCUUGCUAGCGGUCAAUUCCGUCCCCUGGUCCGCAAGGAAAUCGAGGCCCACUGCGCCAACUUUGGUCUCGACGCUGAGCUGGUCUCCCACUCCCGCAUGCGCGGUCUCUCCGGUGGUCAGCGUGUCAAGGUCGUUCUUGCUGCCUGCUCGUGGCAGCGUCCUCACUUGAUCGUCCUUGACGAGCCGACCAACUACCUCGACAGAGACUCCCUUGGUGCUUUGUCAAAGGCUCUCAAGAGCUUCGAGGGUGGUGUUAUCAUCAUCACCCACUCCAAGGAGUUCACGGAGAACCUCACCAGCGAGGUCUGGGCAGUCAUGGACGGAAAGAUGACCCCAUCCGGUCACAACUGGGUGCAGGGUCAGGGAUCUGGUCCCCGUCUCACCGAGAAGGGCGACGAAGAGGAGAAGUUCGAUGCCAUGGGCAACAAGAUCGAGGGUGGACAGAAGAAGAAGAAGCUUACUUCUUCUGAACUCCGCAAGAAGAAGAAGGAUAGAAUGGCUCGACGCAAGCGCGGCGAGGAAGUCUUCUCUGACGAGGAUGAUUUCUAA